AUGUCCAAUGAUAAAAUAGACCAGAACGAAGAAAAGGUGAAGAGAACACCACCUUUACCGCCAGUGCCAGAAGGCAUGUCUAAAAAGCAAUGGAAAAAAAUGUGUAAGAGACAAAGGUGGGAGGAGAAUAAAGCCAAAUACAAUGCGGAACGCCGUGUGAAGAAGAAGAGACUUCGCCAUGAAAGAAGUGCGAAGAUUCAAGAGUACAUUGACAGGGGAGAAGAGGUACCCGAGGAAUUAAUUAGGGAGCCUCGUGUUAAUGUGAAUCAAAUUAAUUCGGGGAUCGAAAUCAUACUUGACUGUUCUUUCGACGAGUUAAUGAACGACAAGGAAAUAGUAAGCUUGUCUAACCAGGUCACCAGGGCAUAUUCCGCCAAUAGAAGGGCGAACCACUUCGCAGAAAUAAAAGUGGCUCCAUUCGACAAGAGGCUAAAGGAAAGGUUCGAAACCACUCUGAAAAAUACCAAUUAUGAACACUGGAACCAUUUUAAAUUUCUACCAGACGACAAAAUCAUGUUUGGAGAUGAGCACAUAGGAAGGGACAACAUAGUGUAUUUAACGGCCGAUACAGAGGAAAAGCUGGAGAAGCUGGAACCGGGAAUGCGGUACAUUGUUGGCGGCAUUGUAGACAAGAACCGCUAUAAAGAGUUGUGCCUAAAAAAGGCCCAAAAAAUGGGCAUUCCCACGCGAAGACUGCCCAUUGACGAGUACAUCAAUCUUGAAGGCAGAAGGGUGUUGACAACAACGCAUGUCGUGCAGCUCAUGCUGAAAUACUUUGAUGAUAAUAACUGGAAAAACGCCUUUGAAAGCGUGUUGCCACCCAGGAAGCUGGAUACAGAAGCAAAAUCCACGACGGGAUCACCAGCUUCAAAGGACACGUAA